AUGCGCCUCUCAAGCCAAACGGAGACAUUAUGUGUAUUCUUCCCUCACCGAGCAUCCCAUGGAACCUCCCCUCCCGUCCAGAAGCCUUCCCCCUUCGCCCCCUCCCUCAGCAACCGGACAUCAGCGCUCCCGACCCCUAUUCCCCUCCCCUCACCGACUUUUGCCCUGCACUCAGCACAGCACAGUAGCGGCACACUACGUGCAGGCAGGCGCCCCGAAUGGAGGGUCUCGCGUGGCAUCCCUCGCCAGCGCCGCGGCGCCGCACCGCACGGCCUGCGCAUCCAUUCCGGACUGGCCUCGCAGCGGCCGUGCACGCGCCGCGCAGUCAUGAUGGUGCACCCGACGAGCCAUCUGUUCCAUGGCGUUGGUAACUCCUGUAAGGGCUGCACCGUCCCUCCCGUUGCGCAACAGCGCCCUUAUGCGGCCAAACUGCGGGAGAACCCCUUGCUGGCCUUCGCCGGAUAGGGUAGUUUGCGAAACUUGGAGUGUGUGUGCCUGCUGGACGGGAGGGUGGUUGCUGUUUUGUUUGUUACCAAGGUAGGUUCACGCGAGUCGCG